AUGGCAACUCCCGCGAUAUCAUAUGCCAAAUCAUGCGAUCCGACAACGCCUACCCCGCAUUGGCCACUAGCGUUCCAUAUGCAGAAACGCAAGCCCGAAGCCUCAUGUCUCCAAACUAGUGGCUUCUCGUCGUCGUCGCGCUUGCUGGAUUUACAGGAAUUUUUGAGUCCCGUGGUAUCCAGCGAUUUCAACGAAGGCAAAACCAAAGUCUUUUACAGCUGUAGUAAGCGCGACUCAGAACUCGCUGCCCGACACUUCCUAACCCGACUAUUACCAAUCGUUGCAUUUGAUAUGCAAUGGGCUGAGGACGACUGCUCAAAAGAAGCUCUGCAAAAAAAAGUCGGGCUGAUACAAAUUGCUACCGAGGAUAAGGUUGCCCUGUUUCAUCUUGGGAUACAUCCAGGGAAGACGAGCCAGGACAUUAUCGCGCCUUCAUUGAAACGCCUGAUCGAAGAUCCGAAGAUUGCAAAAGUAGGCAUUGAUAUUUGGAAUGGCCACUCUUCUAGACUGAAUCGCUGGUUCGGACUCAACCCAAAGGGCAUUGUAGAAUGUAGUCACCUAUACCGGCUGGUCAAGUUUGGCCGGUCGGAACCCAAGCUGGUAACCACUCAGCCUGUGAGCUUUGAAGAUCAGAUCCUAGAUCAACUCGGGCUUAUCUUGGGAACGGGAAACUCUCAAUGCAGUUUUUUGGGCGGGACGCUCAAAAGAGAGGAAAAGGAUCGUGCGGCUCGCAAAGCAUAUGUAAUAAAUCGGCUCUACAGGGCCAUGGAUAAAAAGCGAAGUGAUAUGAGGCCUAGUCCACCAAUGCCGAUAUACGCAGAAUGCUACCCAGAUGGCAAGAUGUCGUCAGAUGAUCCAGUACUGCUGGACGCCGGCAAUGCUCACACUCACCCUUUGACGCUUUUGACGACGACCUUUCCACCGCCACCUCAAGAACAGAACCAAACACCAACAAAUCCAGCGACCCCUCUCCCUCAAAUACCCAGACUACAACCUCUUACCCCGUGGCGGCCGAACCUCUAG